AUGGUGUCAGCUGCUCGAGAAAAUGAGUCUACACCAUCGCGUUAUCUUAUCGCGGCUCGCAACGUCCGCAGUGCUUUGGAUUAUGCUCUGCGUCAAGGUGAAAAGAUGGUUGCUUAUCCAGACCUCAUCAAUGCCACAGGCCCCGACUUUUGUGAACCGCUUCAUUCUCCACGUCUUCGUAAUCAAACAAUGGUCCCACCCCCCUCCUUUUCCUCCUCUUCUCAUGGUGAUGUGUCUGAUUUAGCGACUCAAUUGGACUCGGGAGAGGAUUCAAAGACAGGCACAGCAUUCCCAAAUUUCAUGAUUCCGUUGUCACUGGAUGAUGUGAGGAGAGUGGUGGACAAUGAGGACCUGAUUGAGCGAGUGGUCUUUGACUUGGACGAACUGAUAAUCCAGGAACGGGGUAUGGAGGCACGCACAGGGGGUGUGUUGAGCAAUUCUGAUGAGCUUUUAGUGGGAAAAUUUGAUGCUGAUGUGGGUCACUUGCAAUUUGAAUCGCGCUUUGAGAGCGGCAAUCUGCGGAAGGUGAUUCAGGUGCGGCAGACAGAGUACGACCUCCUCCUCUCCCCCGACCUCAACACGUGCUCUCAUGUCCAGUGGUUCUACUUUCGUGUGGCCAAUGUUGACAGUAUGGUGCGCUACCGCUUCAACAUUAUCAACUUAGAGAAGGCAGGCAGUCAGUACAAUGGGGGCAUGCAACCUGUCGUAUUCUCCGUUCAAGAGGCACUGAAUGGACGACCUUACUGGUUCAGAGCUGGUGGGUGUAUCAGUUACUACAAAAACCACUUCAUGCGAAGUGGGUCCGUUGGAAAGAACAGCCGGAAUUACUACACCGCCACUUUCAGUUUGCGAUUUCAACAUCGCGGUGACAUCUGUUACAUCGCCUACCACUACCCGUACACUCACUCUCGCCUCCUCGCCGAUUUGACGCACUGGCAACUCCGUGCCCAAAACGCAGCUACCAAAUUGACUUCUGCAACAACCUCUAGGCUCUACUUGCGUGUGCAAAACCUCACUUCCACCCUGCUUGACAAUCUGGUGCCUCUGAUUACUAUCACGGAGGCGACUGAAGGCUCUGCCAAAGGCAAUGCGUUGACUGUCUCAUUAAAAUCUGCUGCAGAUGCCCGACGUCCCUACAUCAUCAUCACUGCACGUGUUCAUCCUGGCGAGUCGAAUUCGAGUUGGGUGAUGCGAGGCCUCCUAGACCACCUAACUGAUCCGUGCGACCCUGAAAUGCUUCGUCUUCGGCGUACCUACGUCUUCAAGGUAGUGCCAUCGUUAAAUCCGGAUGGAGUGAUCUGUGGAAACCAUCGAUGCUCCAUGGCUGCAAGAGACUUGAAUCGUCAGUGGUUGAACCCGUCACCGUCUUUGCAUCCGACGAUCUUCCACACUAAAUGUCUCAUUAAUUUACUGGUUGAAGUGGGCAGUACACCCUAUAUCUACGUCGAUCUGCAUGGCCAUUCUCGAAUGAAAGAUAUCUUCGUCUACGGCUGUGAUCCACAUCUUUCGUGGAAGGCUUCAGACGUCACUGAUUACCUUGGUGUCAACACGGACAGUUUUGAUGGCUGUUUCCUUCAACUAGCCGAAGUGAUGCAUAGCAUUUCACCACCCUUUUCCAAAGCUGCUAGCGACUAUUCCAUCAGCCGCGUAAAGGAGGCAACAGGUCGUGUUGUCGUUUGGCGCCAGUUUGGCGUCGCAAGGAGCUAUACCUUGGAGGCCUCUUACUGUGGCACUACACGAAAUUGUUGGAAGGAUGAGGAGGUUGGUCCAGGGCAUCAGAUAUCACCAUGGAUCCUUCAAAAUGUGGGGGCUUCCUUGUGCAAGGCAUUUCUCUGCUUGGAUCCCAAUCGUAAGAAUGCAGAGUCACUGUUUGGCAAACGGCGCGUGUGA